UGGAACCAGGUGGCGGGCUUUAUGUUUUUGUUUUGCCGAUGAACAGGGAGAUGAAGGUCGUGUUGAAAUGACAGAAACAGCAGCUCAGCUGUUUGCUCGUCUGGAGGCUCGACGCUGUCUGAAGGACAUCGAACCCCGUCUGUUUCCCAAAGAUGGAGGACCCAACCACGGUGAGGUGGUGGAGCUGUUUGGCCCAGAGGGAACAGGUAAGACGGAGGUGCUCUACCACCUGUUGAGUCGAUGCAUUCUGCCGGUGGCGGCCGGCGGUUUGGAGGUGGACGUUGUGUUUGUGGACACCGACUACAGUCUGGACAUGUUACGACUGGUCAGCAUCCUGGACAACAAGCUGAACCCUGCUCUGUGCGGCGCCUCGCCCCCUCCUGCUUCCGACCAGGGCACGUUGCAUUCGUGUCUGUCCCGCCUCCUGGUGGUCCACUGCUCCUCCUCCUCUCAGCUCCUCCUCACCCUCCACUUCCUGGAGACCACCCUGUCGUCGAGGCCCGGCCUGGCGCUGCUCCUCAUAGACAGCGUCUCUGCGUUCUAUUGGCUGGACCGCAGUGAAGGCGGGGCCAGCGUCGCCAAACAGGAAGAGAAGCUCAGCAAGUGUUCUGAGCUGCUGGGUCGUCUGCUCAGGGAUUACAGAAUCACCAUGUUCGCCACCUGCCACGCCAUCAGGAGGAGCCACGCUGAACCCUCCUCAUCCUCCUCUUCAUCUUCAAACGCAGACCGGCCUUUCCUCUGUCGCUCGUGGCAACGCCUCGUCACCCACAGGCUGAUAUUCUCCAGACGGGAGGAUUCAACCAACAUAGAAGUGCCAGCAGGAGGCAGCAGAGAGCCGAGGAGAAGGCAGCUUUUCACAGUCCACUGCACCUCCUCCUGCUCCUCCUGUUCCUCCUGUUCCUCCUCCUCCUCCUCCUGUUCCUCCUCCUGCUCCUCCUCCAGGCCGAAGAUGCACAGCAGCAGCUCCUUCUACAUAACAGAUGGAGGGCUGGAGUUCAUCUCUUAGUUUUGUUUCUAUGUUCAAUGUUUUCUUUAAAUUUUAAGAUUCAUGUAUAAAACACUUCUAAAGAGCUUUAAUAAAGGUUUAUCAUGAC